UCAAAACAGAGCGCAGUAACAACAGAUAUUGUGUACUCCGUAUUGUGUGCAUGCUGCAAUCUAACUAACAUGGUUUAUAUAUAUACUUUGAAUGGAGUGUGAAAAUUGCGAGAUUGCUGCAAGUUCUAACCUGUCUAGACUAUACGUCACAGUACUGGGGGACUUAUUAGGGGGUGUGGCUACUAAUGCAUCUCCAGGCUCCGCCCAUAUUCCGUCCAACAAGCGAGACAGACAGUCGAUGUACACCAGCUGCCCACUGCUCUGGUACCGAGACAGAUUCACUCCCUACAGAAUGAAAAAACGAGAAAAUGUUUAUCGACGUUUCAGCGAAGUUCAACUCACUAGUUUUGAAGCAACACUGCUGUAAUGAAUGAAUGACUGGGCGAACGAAACCAGGUAGACAUCAAACCCAUCUUUCAAGGCCUGUGAAAUGAAGUAGUGGAUGAGAAAGCUUCCGUUGGCUUGGCGAUCAGACACUAACACAAGCUGCCCCAUUAAAUCGUCUUUCUCCUUCCUCUCCAGAAAAGAAGCCACCUCGUUCAACAUGCUGAUAGUAUCCGAAUCGUUUACGGAAACCAAAGUAGUUUACGGUGUCGGAGUCGGCCUUUGACCUCACUACACGUGUGCAAAGUCAGCACUAUCGGCAGCGCAGUGUAAGAUCUUGCAGUCACUCCCGACCCUCACUGAGCUGUCUUUUGCGGGAAAUGGCGACGUGGGAAGACCCGGACGAGCUGGUUGUGUGUCCCUACGACCCUGUCCACCGCGUCCAGCGGAAACGCUUCCAGUACCACCUCAUAAAGUGCCGACAGAAUUUCAACCGUCGGGACUUCAGGCAGUGUCCUUUCAACGCGAGACACGUCGUUCCAAAGCCAGAGUUUGAGUACCACAUCAAAAUCUGUGACGACAGGGGUCGAUUCGAAGCCGAGCAGCUACGAGCCCAGACACAGAGAGACCCAAACUUAAAGGGGAAUACGUCUAUUCCGGCGUUUGAUCCCAGCUGGCGGCCAGACACAACUGAGAGCUGGGACGAUGACAACGUGAUUUACGUUCCGCCAAGUCGAGGAGACGAACUGUUCGAUGCUGACCAACAACCUCGCGAUGUGGAGUUGGAGCCUUCCCCGGCCCCGCCCCCUGCUGUCAGGCCACGCCCACCUAGGGAGGUGCUGGGAGAGAAUGUGGAACAACUUCGACCUCCAAAAUCUACUGGCCAGAAAAACACACAGAUUGUAUUCCAGCAAACGAUGCAAGGUGUGGUUGGGAGCAAACCCUACCCAGUGUCUGUGGGAAGGGGGCGUGGCAGGGGGCGUGGCUUACUGCCCGAUGCACAGGGGCAGAUUAGCAUCGGAAGGACCAAGACAGAGGAUGCUACAGUACCACUGAGCUCUAUUGAACUUCUGGAUGAACAGAAGACAGAGUUGUUGAGAAGGAGGCGUAAGCUGCUCAAGAUGCUGCGACAGAUUGAGCGCAUUGAAACCAAAACGAUGCCAUUACUGGAGGAAGAGGAGGUAAAAGUUGGCAAAAAGCAGCAAGUUAUCGAUCAGUUACAGCAACUGGAGCAAGCCGGGAUUGUCGACGAAUAGCUCAAUCUUUUUCAGUGACAUCAUCAUUUUCACUAAACUACCCUCCUAUUACCAUGUUUUUUUGCAUCAGCUUUAUUUCAUAAUCACUAGCUGCUCUCAUUGUCACACCUUUUAUUUUCUUUAUUCAAGCUUGCAUUAUUAGUAUAAUUAUUAGAUCAUGCGAGGGGCGGGGUUUGGCCAUCCCCAUGUGACUUAUGAAUCGAAUAUCACUGCUAGGCCAGGGCUCUAGUACCUAGGCACCUAGGCAUCUCGGCUCUAUACUUGGGAAUGGCGGGAAAUACGCAGAAGUUCGUGUUUGCGACGUGCCUGUUGCUGGCCGUAUCUCUCUCGAAGGUCGGCUCUCAGCUCCCUACCUGGGCGGUCAACCCUCUUCAACCCGACCCCUACCACCCCGCGACGCUCAAAGUGGGACAGACGAACUUUGCUGAGGUGCUGCGAGAUUUAUCCGCGGCCCUUCAAGAGACGCAGCGGUCCCGAGGCGACAGUUCUCUAGCGGGGACCCAAUGCGCGAAUGACUUUAAAGCCAUGUCGCAAGACAAGGACGCCCAGAACAUUUCCAAGGCGGAGCGAGCGUUGGACGCCUUUGGCAAGCCGGGCCCCUAUAUCUUGGAAGGUAACCUACGCCUCACAGGUAGUUUCGACGAGUGUCUAGAUAUUACGGGAGAGUUGACAAAAUUUUGCAUUUUGCCGCUUGUCCCUGGGGUGGUACUAGGUGAUGGCAGCUUUGAAUCCUUCAACAACCUGACGUUGCUAGCGGACAUCUGCGUUCCUAGGUCUUGCAACACCUCAGACUUUGAGAAAUAUGUGGCAGAGGUUAACGCAUAUUUAGCGAAAUAUUCUUUUGGCGUCCAUUACACAUCGGAUCCUACGAUCUGUGAAGACACCAAGAGGAUCCCCUUCAGUGGCGGGGCCAUUGCAAUGAUUGUCGUGUGUGCGAUAUUUGCACUUCUUUCCCUCAUUGGAACUGCGGUAGAUCUCGGAGUCAAAACCAUUCGAGAUUUGUCAAAGAAGCCUGAACUAGCGAAAAUCUUUAAACGCACGACUCCAGCUUGCAACAGCGAUGGAGAAGACUCGCCACUUCUCGGUGGAGUUCCGAAAAAGGAAGACGACAUUUUCGCCUCCUUUGAAAAGCCUCUGGAGUUCGUCACCGCUUUUUCGAUCAUAAAGAACGUGAACACCAUUUUUUCGACCAAGAUGCCUCCGACAGCUAUCACAAGUCUAAAUGGAAUUCGGGUGCUGAGCAUAGGCUGGGUUAUCCUAGCACAUACCUUCCUCUGGUCCCUCACAACCCAGGCUUUGAAAGAUCCUCUCUACGCUAUAGAACACAUCACUCAUCGCUUCUCCUUUCAGGCCAUGAGCAAUGGAUUCUUCGCCGUAGACAGCUUCUUUUUUCUGAGCGGCGCACUCGUGGCUUUCCUCACGCUGAGGGAGAUGGAGAGAAAAAACGGGCGGUUCCCGGUAAUUACCUACUAUCUUCAUCGCUACCUUCGACUCACGAUGGUCUACGCAUUUCUCCUGUUCUUCUGGUGGACUCUGACCGUCCACCUCGGAAACGGACCCACCUGGAACAAGGUUGCUGGAGUCGACAGCAAUUUACAGAACAACUGCGAGAAAUACUGGUGGACCAACUUUCUGUACAUCAACAACCUCUACCCGUGGGGACUCAAGGACGAAUGUAUGGGUUGGACCUGGUACCUAUCGAACGACAUGCAGUUCUACAUAUUGGCACCUCUCAUCAUAAUCCCGCUGUACUUCUCUUUCCCCGUCGGUCUCCUCAUUAGCGGCGUGUUGAUUAUCGUGACGAUUGUAGCCAACGGAGCUAUUGCGGGGGUGAAAGAGUUCCAGGCAAACAUGAUUCAGUUCGAGAGUGGAGGCGAAGAUAACGAUAUCUACAUCAAGCCUUACACGAGGGCCGGUCCAUAUAUCGUCGGCCUUGUUCUAGGUUACGUUCUGUUCAAGAAGGUUCGAAUCAACAUCCACUGGUUGGCCGACUGGCUCAUCUAUCGCGUUGUUCUAAUAGUAGCUGGUGGUUGUCUAUUUUCAUCAUUGUACGGUCUCUACAGCUCUUGGGGAAGAGGAGGGUUAAGUCUCACCGAAAACGUAUCUUAUUUCAUGUUCAGUCGUUUUGUGUGGGCCUUUGGUCUCGCUCUCCUGGUGUUCACCUGUCAUAACGGAUACGGAAGAGUCAUAAAUGCUUUCCUGUCGAUGGGCUUUUGGGUGCCUCUGAGUCGUUUGACUUAUACUGCGUAUCUUAUUCACCCGAUUAUUCUCACAGCUGUCUUCAGCACACUUCGAGAGCCGUUUACCUACUCCGACUACAUAAUGACGGUUUACGGCAUAGCGAUGGUGGUGCUGUCUUUUGGAGCAGCCGGCGUGGUUGCAGUGUUUGUCGAGUUCCCCCUCUCCAAUCUCGAGAUGGCCAUUUUCAAAGCUGCUGGUCUGAAACUUCGCGAGAGCACACGCAACGUGGAGUCACAGAAGAAGGAUGUUCGACUCGAGGCCCGCAACUCGAAGCCUACCUCGCCUAUCAAUGAAGGAUCGAAAGCUUGAACGGAAUUGUAUAUUUUUUGCUGUGAUUUCUUAUGUAAGACACUGAGCCUAUCUAGUGUGUGAAGCAGUAUUGUGUGUAAUUUAUUGACCUUUC